CAGACGCUGGGUUCUGACAAGCAGUUUAGUUUGAGAGGGCUUUCGCAACACAGUCAAUGGAAAUUCGGCUGGGCAGAUUCAACCGUCGACUGCUAUAGAUGGCGAAUGGCAGAUACUCCCUGCCCGAUCCUGGGAGGGUGAUUUGAAUGAGUUGGAUGUAAAUGACGGGGUUGCACUGGUCGGUGUGAUAUUUUAGGUGCCAUCGACCUGGCAGAGGUUUCCUGAAGAGCCGACAGAGAAGACAACUGCACUGAAUUACGUUAGUGCUCAGAGUCAAAGAGUUGUCGUGUUUUACCGCAUCCUGAUCCUGAUAAGAGAGACAGACGUCGGGCGAGAGCAGCUGCCAUGACAGGGGUGGGAGCAGAGGAUGACAUUCCUCUCUGUGAGAGGAAAACUGUCACAGACUUCUGCUAUCUCCUGGACAAGUCCAAGCAACUUUUCAAUGGCUUAAGGGAUUUGCCUCAGUAUGGACACAAGCAGUGGCAGUCUUAUUUCGGCCGAACAUUUGAUGUGUAUACCAAGCUAUGGAAGUUUCAGCAGCAGCACAGACAAGUCCUGGACAACCGGUAUGGUCUCAAAAGGUGGCAGAUAGGCGAGGUUGCCUCAAAAAUUGGCCAGCUGUACUACCAUUACUACCUCCGCACUUCGGAAACAAGCUACUUAAAUGAAGCCUUUUCUUUCUAUUCGGCCAUUCGCCAACGAUCGUAUUAUCACCAAGUCAACAAAGAAGACAGGCCAGAGCUGGUGGUUAAAAAACUGAGGUAUUACGCCCGGUUUAUCGUCGUUUGUCUGUUGCUCAACAAGAUGGACCUGGUUAAAGUGUUGGUCAAGGAGCUUUCUGAUGAAAUUGAGGACUACACCCAGCGCUUCAAUACAGAAGACCAGCUGGAGUGGAACCUGGUGCUGCAGGAAGUUGCUGCUUUUGUGGAGGCAGAUCCACUUAUGAUCCUUAAUGAUGACAACGGUGUGGUGGUCAUAUCCAAUCGUCUACAGGAAGGGGGCGUGCCCUCGCUUGAACAGGGCAUGGUGGUUGGCCAGCUCACCUUGGCAGAUGCGCUCAUCAUUGGCAACUGUAACAAUCAGGUGAAGUUUAGUGAGCUGACCAUCGAUAUGUUUCGUAUGCUUCAAGCUCUUGAAAGGGAACCGGUGAACUUGGCCACGCAAAGCUCCAAGCCAGGGACACUUGUAAGAGAAGACUCUUACACUCUCCCUGUCACUCUCUAUGAGCCCAAUGAAAAGCCGGCCAAGCGAGAGAAUCCUCAUAAAUAUCUCCUCUACAAACCAACCUUCAGCCAGCUUUACACUUUCCUGUCUGCCUCUUUCAAGGAGCUGCCAGCCAAUAGCGUUCUGCUGCUGUAUUUAUCUGCCACUGGAGUUUUCCCUAAUGGACGCUCGGAGUGUGAAGGACCUUAUGACUUUGGAGGCGUCCUGACCAAUACUAACCGAGAUGUGGUGAACGGUGAAAUGGUGCAGAAGAGGAACCAGGCACAAAAAGAGAUGCACUGCCUCCACCCAGGAGACCUAUUCCCCUUUACCAGGAAACCUCUGUUUAUCAUUGUAGACUCAUCUAACAGCACAGCUUAUAAGAAUUUUUCCAAUCUGUUUGGCCAGCCACUGGUGUGCUUGCUUUCCCCUACAGUAUAUCCGAAGAGCAUGCAAGACCAAUCUCAGCGUGGGAGUUUGUUUACUCUCUUCCUCUACAACCCCCUCAUGGGCUUCCUGUCUGUCUGUGGACUGACCAGCAUGCGCUAUGGAUUGUGGGAAAAGGCCCAGGAACUCCUGCGGAAGGUUUUCCAUGACAUCGGCCAAAUGAUCACCGGUUCACGAGUCAUAGAUCAAGCCUAUCUGCAGUUUUAUGGAGACGAGUUUCUGCGUCUGCUAAUGAUCCGCUUUGUGUUCUGCUGCACCACGCUUAGACUACACAAGCUCUUCCGGGAAGCGAGGAGUUUUCCAGAAUCGUACCCACCGCUGCCUAAACAGGAGAUGGUGGAGAGCAGCCUUCUACAGAAACACGUGCUGGAGCUGGCAGCCAUGUUGGACGUGCAAAACCUUUUCUCUGAUGGCAUGUUGGAUAACUAUUGACCACAUGGUGGCACCAGGCCAAUUUACGCACAUACACAACCUCAUACACACACACACAUACACAAGUUGUACUGUAGGUAGUUUCUUCUGAAUAAACUUGCUCUAAACAUUUAGAUCUA